AUGAGCAAUCCUCCGCCUCCACCUGCAGCGUCGAGGUCGCGCUCGCCAGCACCCGUCUAUCGGAGAACGCCUCUGAGGUCUGCCUGUGUCCAGUACGACGUCAAGCUAGGCAAAGUCAAAGAAAACGUCGCCAAGGUCGAGGAGAUGACAAAAUGGCUCACCCCCGGCUCAUUGGACCUCCUCGUUCUCCCCGAAAUGUGUCUAUCCGGCUACAUCUUCCCCACCCCCGCCUCCAUCAUGCCAUACCUCGAACCGCCGAGGAUCGGCCCGACGUCGCUUCUUGCACGAUCUCUGAGUACCCGAUUGAAAUGUCAUGUUAUCGCUGGAUAUCCCGAGAGACUAGAGGAUGUCCAGGAAAGUGGUGUGGUCUCGGGAGAAGCAGGUGCCCAGUCGGAAAUGUCAAAAGCCGCUGGCGUGGGGUACAACUCUGCCCUGAUCUCAUCGCCUUCCGGGGAGAUAGUCGGCAACUACCGGAAAACUUUCCUUUUCGAUACCGACAAAAACUGGGCGAGAUCAGGCGACGGGUUCAAGCAUUUCGAUUUAGGAGGAGCGCUGGGUAGAGUGGUUGUGGGGAUCUGUAUGGGCGAGGCGUUUUUAGACAUGAACCCUAAAGACUUUGUCGCUCCGUGGGACGCCUUCGAGCUUGCCAACUUUGUCCGUGACAACGCAGUAGAUACCCUCGUCGUCCCGCAUGUCCCUCCCCAUAUACCAUCCCCACCCACGAGCUAA